AUGGCACUUAGUUACUUGCUGGAAAAGCAAGCGGCGGCCACUUCCGGCGUAGCCACGGCGUCUUACGCUACCACCAACCCGUUUCAGUUGCUGCCUCUAGAGCUUGUGGACAAAUGCACAGGAUCAAGACUUCACAUUGUUAUGAAGAGUGAUAAGGAAAUUGUUGGGACACAUCUAGGAUUUGAUGACUUCGUCGACAUGGUCCUGGAGGAUGCCACUGAAUUUGAAAUCACACCAGAAGGAAGAAGAGUAACUAAAUUAGAUCAGAUUUUGCUAAAUGGAAAUAAUAUAACAAUGCUGGUCCCUGGAGAAGGACCUGAAGUAUGAAUGGAUUUCCUGGACUUACACUAGAUUCUGUUUUGUCUCAUACUAACAAGAAGAUAGAAUUUUUUGUAAGCUUUUAAUAUUUGAAUUCUGUGAAGCUAAGUUUCCUGUUGAAGGGAAACGCUUUGAAAAUACAUUGUAAAUGUUCACUUUUGUAAGUUGAUCAUGGCUAUCUUGGGAAAAGAACAUUUUGUUCUUUCUAUGCUUAAAUAAAGUUGGUUUUGGUUACUAGUGAAAAAUAAAAUAAAAUAAAAUAAAAAACCGGGAGUCAGGCGCUAGGGUUAAGCGCAGGUGGCCUAAAGUGUAAGGAUCCCUGUUCAAGUCCCCACCCCCACCCCCCACCCCCGCUCCCCACCUGCAGGGAAGUGGCUUCACAAGCAGUGAAACAGGUCUGUAGGUGUCUUAUCUUUCUCUCCCCCUCUCU